AUGAUAUAAGAAGAAGGAAUUGAAAAGGAAUGCAUUAAAAAUGAUCAUAAGGGUUGUUAAAUCGUCGCCGUUGAACUUUCAGAGGAAUUAAAUAAAGAAAAUCAUCAAAAAAAAUAUUAUUGUGUUAAAUGUUUAAUUGACAAAAUUGGAGUUAAAAAGAUUGUUCCAUAUGAUGAUGAAGCAAAAAAUAAGGCUAAAUCUGAAGAGUUAAAAAAGAAUGCAGUCUAACUGUUAGAGAGAAAUUAAAAACUAAUAUUAGCAGUCAAAUCAAUAGAGCAAAUUGGUUUAACACAAUUUGAAGAAUUGAAGAAAUAGUUAGAAAUACAAAUUAAUAAUUAAUAGAAAAAAUUGAUAUCAAUUAUAGAGAUUACCACUACAAACUCAGAUUUAGAGCUUGUUUCGGCUUUUUAUUAAGAGGAUGGUGGGCUUGCAAGACAUUCCCCCAUUAUAGAUUAUACUAAAAUUACCGAUUCCAUAAUCUAAAUAUAAACAUUAUUGUCAUAAUUAGAAAAUUUUGAAAAAUUGCAAGAAGCAGACCAAGAGAAAAUGAAAUUUGAAUAGCAAUGCUACAAUGACUUACUAAUUGAUGAAAAAAUAAAAAGAACUCCAGCGUUAAAUUUGAUGUGUGAAAAUCAUAAGAUGGAGAUUAUUAUGUUUAAUUUAAAUCAAACAGAUCUUGAAAAAACAAAUCCUUUGUUGUGUGUUGAAUGCACAUAAGAUCUUAUAACAAGAGGUAAUAAUGCUGUUUUUAAUGUUAUAUCAUUAAAAAAGGCUGAAGAAAAAUGGAAUGAAUACAUUAAAGAUCAGUGUGAAAAAAGAUUAUAAAGGUAAUCAAGACUUAAUUAAGCUAUUGGACUCAUUAAAAAAUUAUAAGAAAAGUAUAAUUAGGAAUUGAAUAAAAUGAUUUAAUCUUCAAAUGACCAGUUAAAGAAAGAACCAAAGGAAUACGAAUAAAUUAUGAAAUUGAAAGAUACUAGAUUAUAGAAUUAAAAGAAACAAAGUCUUUAUGAAAUUAUUAAAAUUCUUGGUUAAACAGAUUAAUAAAAAAAGUAAGAAUAAAUUUCAAAUUAAGAAGAUUCAAAAUUUUACAAUAGUCAAAAGAAAAAAACUUACUUGUUGAAAAUUAAAUUUAGUGGCUGUAAAACUUUGAUACAUGUAUAAUAUUAUAAUUAUUUAGAACCAAAAAGAUCAAAUGAUUCAGAAAAUGAAUAAGAAUUAGUAGAAUUUCUUAAAAAAUCAACUAUUCAAGAUUUAUAUUUAUCAUUCUUUGAAAUGUCAUUUAACUCUUUAAGUUCUUUCAAAAAAGAAGAACAGGAAUUAUAACAAAAAGGAAAACUUACAAAGUUGUAAUAAUAAGAUUUGGAAAAUCAAAAUGAAGCACUUUUGAAUUAAUAAAAAUGGUAUAAAUUAUUCUAAGAAAACUAAACUAAAUUGGAAAGCUUUAAGAAGAUCGAUGAACUGUAAAGGACCUAAUUAUAAUUAGAUGAAUUAUUAUUAUAAGAUAAUUAGAAAAAAUAGGAGUUGAAGAAAUACUAAGAACUUGUUGAAAAUUAUAAUGAUUAAUUAUUGUCAGCAAAAGCUAAGUUUAAAGAUUUUGAUUGGCUUUCUGAUAAAAUUGGAGAAUUAGAAUAACUUUAUAAAAUAGGAAAACAUUCUUUUGUAAAAGGAGACACUUCAUUAUUAACCAAAGAUUACGCAUCUCAAUUAUAUUAAUACUUAGAGAAAAGAACUAAUUAAAAAAUAAAAAAUAAAUAUUUGUUAUAUUCUUCAAAGAAUCAGGGGUUAUAUACAGAUAUUUUUAACAAAAGCAUAGAUAAAAUGUCUAAUUUAUUGUUUGUAUUUAAGUCAUAUUCUGAAUAUAUUUUUGGUGCAUUUAGUCCUUGUUAAUGUUUGAUAUAAAGUGGAGCAUAUCAAAUAGAUGAACAAGCAUAAUCAUUUUUAUUUUCUUAAACCAACAACGAAUUCUAUCCUAUAUCAGAUAAAUCAAAAGCAAUUUAUUGUACAAAAGAUCUAUUAGUUUUUGGUUAAAGUGAUCUUUUUAUAAAUUCAGGCUUUUAAUCUGGAUCAUCACGAUUAGGUGUAUCAUAUUAAUGUAAUCAAUAUAAUAUACCUAAUGUAAAAAAUCGCCUAUUUGGAUAACCUGAGCCAAAUAUCAAAAUAUGCGAAGUUAUCAUGUUAACAUUUGUUUGA